UUUUUAGGUUAGGUCUGUUCGUGAGACAGUCAAUCAGCUGAUAAUCCAAAAAAUUGUUUUUGAUAUCUAAUUAACGUUUAACAAUUUUAUUGGCAUUUAAUUAUAUCUAUAUUGUACAUAGAAACAUGGAAAGUGAUAAUCCAGACAUCAAAUGGGCACUGGAUUUACUUUCGUUUGAUCCUUUAUACGAACCACAUCUUAUUGCAAAAUAUUGGAUGAAAAUACCUCCUUUCGUAGUUGGUCCUGGACUAGCUUGUUACAUAAAUCAUACUAGAGGAUUAAAAGCCUUUUCUCGACCUUAUUUACAUCUCGGAAUAACAGCCGUAUUAUUCGGUUGGGGAUAUGCAGCAGAAAGUUAUGUGAAUAGAAGAAAUGCUAGAAGAGAUGCAAUUUUACGAGAUUACAUAAUUCGCCAUCCUGAAGAUUUUCCUCCGCCUGAACGCAAAAAGCAUGGAGAAUUAUUCAAUACAUGGAUACCAAUACGAUAAUGAGGUAAAGUUAAUUAAUAGCUUUUUAUUAUUACUAUUAUCUUAUUUCUGCGAAAUAGACAAACAGAGAUAAGUGAAACAAACGUCUUGUAAUUAAUGGUUGAAAUAAAUAAAUAUUGUCAAUAUGAA